AUGAUGGCGGUGAGUUCGGGGAGCAAAGAAGGAGGAGGGAGUAAGGUGAUGAUGGACAACGGCAAGUACGUGAGGUACACGCCGGAGCAGGUGGAGGCACUGGAGAGGCUCUACCAUGAAUGCCCCAAACCAAGCUCCCUUCGCCGCCAGCAACUCAUCAGAGACUGCCCUAUUCUCUCCAACAUCGAGCCCAAACAGAUCAAAGUCUGGUUCCAAAAUCGAAGAUGCCGAGAGAAGCAGCGGAAAGAGGCGUCACGGCUGCAAGCUGUAAACAGGAAGCUGACAGCAAUGAAUAAACUGCUGAUGGAGGAAAACGACAGAUUGCAGAAGCAAGUCUCUCACCUCGUCUAUGAGAACACCUUUUUCCGCCAACAUACUCAACAAAAUCAGGCGGCGCUUGCCACCACAGACACCAGCUGUGAGUCGGUGGUAACAAGCGGUCAGCGCAACUUGACACCUCAGCAUCCGCCAAGGGAUGCAAGCCCUGCAGGACUUUUGUCGAUUGCAGAGGAGACUUUAGCAGAGUUUCUAUCAAAGGCCACUGGAACCGCUGUGGAGUGGGUCCAAAUGCCUGGGAUGAAGCCUGGUCCGGAUUCCAUUGGAAUCGUUGCUAUUUCUCAUGGUUGCCCUGGAGUGGCAGCACGUGCAUGCGGCCUUGUGGGUCUAGAACCUGCCAGGGUUGCAGAAAUACUCAAAGAUCGGUUAUCAUGGUAUCGUGAUUGCCGAACCGUGGAUGUUCUAAAUGUAAUGUCCACGGGAAAUGGAGGAACCAUUGAACUUCUUUACAUGCAGUUGUAUGCUCCAACAACCUUGGCACCUGGCCGUGACUUCUGGUUGCUGCGCUACACAUCUCUUUUGGAGGAUGGUAGUCUUGUGGUGUGUGAAAGAUCACUUAACAACACUCAGAACGGUCCUGCUAUGCCAGCAGUGCAGCAUUUUGUUAGAGCAGACAUGAUGCCAAGUGGGUAUCUUAUUAGGCCUUGUGAAGGAGGAGGGUCCAUUAUUCAUAUUGUUGAUCACAUAAUCUUAGAGCCAUGGAGUGUACCUGAAGUUUUGCGUCCACUUUAUGAGUCGUCAAUGCUACUUGCUCAAAGAACAACCAUGGCGGCUUUACGGCAUUUAAGGCAGAUAUCUCAAGAAGUUUCUCAGCCAAGUGUGUCAGGAUGGGGAAGAAGGCCUGCGGCUCUACGCGCGCUUAGUCAGCGAUUGAGCAAGGGAUUCAAUGAAGCAGUUAAUGGUUUUACUGAUGAUGGGUGGUCCUUGUUGGAGAGUGAUGGCAUUGAUGAUGUCACGCUUCUUGUGAACUCAUCACCCAGCAAGAUGAUGGGAGCAAACCUCGGCUACAAUGGUGGUGGAUUCGCAUCUGUCACCAGUUCUGUGCUUUGUGCCAAAGCAUCCAUGUUGUUGCAGAAUGUCCCUCCAGCAAUUCUUCUUAGAUUCUUGCGGGAGCACCGGUCUGAGUGGGCUGAUAGCAGCAUUGACGCUUAUUCGGCUGCCGCCAUCAAAGCUGGUCCCUGUAACUUGCCUGGUGUCCGAGCAGGCGGUUUCGGGGGUCAGGUCAUUCUUCCAUUGGCUCACACAAUUGAGCAUGAAGAGUUCAUGGAGGUGAUUAAGCUUGAAAACAUGGGUUACUAUAGGGAUGAUAUGACUAUACCCUGUGAUGUUUUCCUCUUGCAGCUCUGCAGUGGAGUGGAUGAGAAUGCAGUUGGCACAAGUGCAGAACUCAUAUUUGCUCCCAUUGAUGCAUCCUUUUCUGAUGACGCACCAAUUUUACCUUCCGGCUUUCGCAUCAUACCUCUCGAUUCAACCUCGGAUGCCGCUAGUCCUAACCGGACGCUUGAUCUGGCGUCGGCGCUGGAAGUUGGAACAGCAGGGAGCAAAGCUGGCGGCGAAAAUUCAAGCCAUUCCGGGAGCACAAAGUCGGUGAUGACAAUUGCAUUUCAGUUUGCAUUUGAAGUCCAUCUUCAGGACAACAUUGCAACCAUGGCUAGGCAGUAUGUUAGGAGUAUCAUUGCAUCUGUUCAAAGGGUUUCACUAGCCCUUUCGCCGUCGCGAUUCGGUUCUCAAAAUGCUUUCCAUUUGCCUCCUGGUACCCCUGAGGCACAAACACUUGCUAGGUGGAUUUCUAGCAGCUAUAGGUUCUAUCUUGGGGUAGAACUGUUGAAGAGUGAGGGCAGUGAACCCAUUCUCAAAUCUCUUUGGCAUCACACUGAUGCUGUUUUGUGCUGCUCUCUCAAGGCAUUACCUGUUUUCACUUUUGCAAAUCAAGCUGGCCUUGACAUGCUAGAAACAACUUUGGUUGCACUUCAAGACAUCACUCUUGAAAAGAUCUUUGAUGACAAUGGAAAGAAAACUCUCUGCUCUGAGUUCCCCCAGAUAAUGCAGCAGGGUUUCAUGUGUAUACAAGGUGGGAUAUGUUUGUCGAGCAUGGGAAGGCCAGUGUCAUAUGAGAGAGCAGUGGCAUGGAAAGUCUUGAAUGAAGAAGAAACGGCUCACUGUAUCUGCUUCAUGUUCAUCAAUUGGUCUUUUGUCUGAUCAAAAUUAUAAAUUUUAUUAGGAUGUAGGCAUGUAGAAACAGCACAGAUCAGAACAACAAUAGUUUCUCUCUUUUGUUUUGACCUUGUAUUAAAUUACUUGCAGAAUCGUCGCUAGAAUAUGCUAUAAUAUUAUGAUUGUGGCCAUAUAUAGAUAUAUACUGAUAAGUGCUGCCUCUCACUCUCUAUUCUUCCAAAUUAUACGCGGUUCUUCUUUAUUGGCAAAAGUAUAUACUAAUUUUC